UGAAAUUGUUAAAAUCAAUGCUGAGCCUUGAGGGUUGUAAGGUCCUUAGGCACCAGAUGUGUUUGUUUUUCCAGCUUGUGUUGAGUUUUGCUGGAGCACUGUAGCAGGCCUGAGAAAGAAAUGUUGUCAUUAGAACAUGGUGUGUUGAAGUGGUAGGCAACUGGAAACUUGUGGAUCAUUUUUACAGAUGCAGAGAAGGUGUUGGCAAAGCAAUCACACAGUCUGUGUUGUUUUCUUAAAUCCCAAAAGUAAAGGAGACUGCAUUGCAAGCAUUGAAUAUAAUAGUGAUUUACUUGCACUUCAGUUAUUCUAGGCUAUUUAACCUGAAAGUUGUAUCUGGGGCUUCUGAGCUUCCAGUUCCCUGACAUUUAAACACAUCACCAUGUUCCCAUGAUGAGUUUUCUGUCUUGGGCCUGCAGCAGUACUCUAGCGAAGCUUAACACCAGCUAGAAGAACAAACACAUCUACCACCAAAGUACCUUACAAGCUUCAGGACUCAACAUUAACAAUUUCAGAGUGUGAACACCUCCCUCAAGGUCUUGCUCUGUAUGGGUUGCUCCCAGAACAGCCAAUCCAUUUCCAAUAUUCACGGUUCCUGUUAUCACGUAUCCAGCAGUCACUUCUUCCUGGCUUACUUUUAGCAAUCUCUUUGUUUGUUUCCUGUUCUUUUUCUCACUGUCUCGCUCUCUCACUCUCUAUCUCUCUCCCCCUCUCUCUGGAUACUUUCUCUAUCUAGUUGUCUCACUUCUUUCACCCCCACCCUGUCGUCAGCAUAAAUACACCUUUUCUCAAUUCAGUCACUGAAUUCAAAACAUUAUCUGUUAAUCUUUCUAUGGAAGCUGCCAGAUCUGCUGAGGUUCUGUUUUUGUUUUAAUUAUACACAUCACUCUAUCAAACAGCUUCUUAGAAACUUUCACACAAGCAAUUCCAUGAAUUUUAUUAUACUUCCUCUUGAUAUGAGUUAACUUUAAAUCCUAUUGGCUGACAAUCUCAUAAAUCAAUCACUGGCAUAUUACCAUCAUCCACUAAAGGGGCAUGUCAUAAGAACAAUUGUUAGUUACUCCAGUGCCUCAGCGGAGAACAACUAACACAAUGUGGCCACCAAUCAUAAUUCUGUUGCUGGCAAACUUGGCCUCAACUGAAGUGCAGUGCCCGGAUGGAAGACCUUGCCCAGAUGAAUCAACGUGUUGUAAACUUGAAUCUGGUAGUUAUGACUGUUGCCCAGUGGAAAAGAAUGUCCAGUGUUUUAAUGGGACCAAGCACUGUGGGAGACAUCACACAGAUGACACGGAUCCAUCAUCUUCAGCACUGAAAUAUCCCAGUAUUUCAGUGGAGAGCAAGACACUUGAAAUGGAAACUGCUCUGAGCACCAAUGUCAACAGUGAUAGCUCAGUAGUCUAUUGUGAUCAUACACAUUACUGUCUGGAUGGAUACACCUGUUGUAGAACAGCGACCGGAGAUUGGAGUUGCUGCCCACAAUUUCUGACUGUCUGUUGUUACGGUGGGUCAAUGUGCUGCCCACAAGACGACACAGAUCCAUCAUCCUCAGCAGUAAAAUAUCCCAGUAUUCCAAUGGAAGGCAACACACUUGAAAUGGAAACUGCUCUGAGCACCAGUGUCAACAGUGAUAGCUCAGUCCGUUGUGAUCAAACGCAUUACUGUCCGAAUGGAAAUACUUGUUGUAAAACACGGACCGGAAGUUGGAGUUGCUGCCCACUACUUCAGGCCGUUUGUUGUAACGAUGGUAUCCACUGCUGUCCUUAUGGCACCAGAUGUGACCUUCAGAGGUUAAGUUGUGUACGGGAUAGUGCCAGUAUACCAUGGCUCAUCAAGGAACCUGCAAUGAUUUGGUCAGAAGCUCUGCAAAGCAGCCUCAGUAGUGAUGGCUCGGUCGUUUAUUGUGAUGACACACAUGUUUGUAAAGCUGGAAGUACAUGCUGUAGGUUGUGGAACAAAAAAUGGGGAUGCUGUCCAUAUCAUAAUGCUCACUGCUGCUUUGAUGGACAACACUGCUGUCCCAAAUAUCACUUUUGUGAUAUAAGACAUCGAAGCUGCAGGAAGAUCUUUCCUCUUUACAAGUGGAUGCAGCUCUCCUCGAGCAAAACAUCUGAAAAAUCUGAAAAUCUUUAAAUCCGUCCUGCACCUAUCAAAGCGCCAAGUUUAACAUUACAAAGAAGGCAUGCUUCAAUUCUGCUUUGCUGCUAUGCGUAGAAAUAGCACCAAUUUUGGUAUCUUGGUUUCUAUUUGGUUGAUAUUUUCAAUAAUCACAUUACAGAAAUCAUUCUUUACUUGGCUACUUUUGAAAAAUUACCUGAUUUGUCCCUUUACCAGAAUUUGUAUCAGAGAAUAUUGUCAAAUAUGAUUGCUUUUAUUCUCCAGUAAAUCAUCAUAGAGUUUUAGUAGCAAACACAUGUAUUUUAAUUAAUUGCUAUUAAACAAGUGUCAAAAAUAUGGCAAGAAGAUUUAACUGUGUUGAUAGUAAAAAAAAAUUGAGAUUUGAA